AUGGCAAGUGCAGGUGAAUCUAUUCUUGCGUUGAAAGGGGAAAGAACUUCCGGGAACUCGAUCCGUAGUCAAAAUGGUAAGUAGUUGUUUUAAUAGUUAUGAUUUUUGUAUUAUAAUUUUAGUUAUGGCUGCCGCGACCAUCGCUAAUGUUGUAAAGACCUCAUUGGGCCCUGUCGGUUUAGAUAAAAUGCUUGUUGAUGAUGUCGGAGAUGUUACCGUUACCAAUGAUGGAGCCACUAUCCUCAAAAUGUUGGAGGUUGAGCAUCCAGCGGGAAAGAUCUUGGUUGAAUUAGCGCAGCUUCAAGAUGAGGAAGUUGGAGAUGGAACCACUUCCGUUGUUAUUGUCGCCGCCGAACUCUUGAAAGCUGCGGAUGAAUUGGUCAAGCAGAAGUUACAUCCAACAACUGUAAUCAAUGGCUACAGAUUGGCUUGUAAGGAGGCCGUGAGGUAUAUGACUGAGAAUCUCUCGUUCACCGUUGAAGAAUUGGAUAGGAACAAUCUGAUCAAGGCCGCCAAGACUUCAAUGUCUUCUAAAUUGAUAGGAUCGUAAGUUUUUCUUUUUCGUCUCUAUUUGUUGUUUACAUUUUUAGUGAUGCUGACUUUUUUGCCAAUCUCUGCGUGGAAGCAGCUCAAUUGGUUAAAGUUGUGGAGCCUUCAGGCAAGAGCAUUUAUCCAAUCUCUGCUGUUAAUGUCCUCAAAGCACAUGGAAAGUCAUCUCGUGAAACUCAACUCAUCAAGGGAUAUGCUCUAAAUUGCACAAGGGCCAGUGACGGUUGGUUUAUCCCAUUUUUAUUACUUUUCAUUUUUUCUUUAUUGUGUAGCUAUGCCUCGACGACUUGAGAACCCAAAAAUUGCGUGUUUGGAUUUCUCCCUCCAGAAAGCUAAGAUGCAUCUCGGGGUUUCUGUUGUUGUUGAAGAUCCCGAAAAAUUGGAGGCAAUCAGAAGAGAGUAGGUGUUAUAAUUGAUUGUUGUAAUAUUAUUCUAGGGAGAUGGAUAUCACCAAACGAAGAAUUGAGAAGAUUCUGAAGGCUGGAGCUAAUGUUAUCCUGACUACUGGUGGCAUCGAUGAUUUGUGCCUAAAACAGUUUGUUGAAGCCGGGGCCAUGGCUGUCAGAAGGUGCCGAAAGAUUGAUCUGAAAAGAAUUGCCAAAGCAUGCGGAGGUAAGGAUUUUUAUUGCGGUCCUUUGUUACUUAUUUUAAGUUGGUUUAUGAUUGUUUGAAUUUUAGCUACUCUCACCGCGUCUUUGGCAACUCUGGAAGGAGAUGAACAGUUCGAAUCGGCGUGGCUCGGAUCAGCUGACGAGAUUGUUCAAGAAAGAAUCUCUGACAACGAACUUAUCCUCAUCAAGAACACCAAAGCCAGAACCUCAGCUUCAAUCAUCUUGAGGGGAGCCAACGAUGUGAUGUUGGAUGAAAUGGAACGCUCUCUCCAUGAUGCACUUUGUGUUGUCAAGAGAGUUCUGGAGAGCAAGAAGUUGGUGGUUGGAGGUGGGGCUGUCGAAGCUGCUCUCAAUGUUUAUCUGGAGAACUUUGCCACAACUUUGGUAAUCCUUAGUUUUUAGAAAGAUAAAUGUUUCAUUCAUUUCAGGCUAGCCGGGAGCAAUUAGCCGUUGGAGAAUUCGCAAAUGCUCUCCUUGUUAUCCCCAAGACCUUGGCCUCGAAUGCGGCCAAGGACGCCACACAAUUGGUUGCCAAGCUCCGAGCUUUCCACAACAAAUCCCAACAAGACAAGAACAUGGUCCAUCUGAAGUGGGCGGGACUUGAUCUGGAGAAUGGAGAGAUCCUCGAUAACAAAGAGGCCGGAGUUUUCGAACCUCUGAUCAGCAAAGUGAAGAGUUUGAAGUUCGCCACCGAAGCUGCAAUCACUAUCCUCCGUAUCGAUGAUCUGAUCAAGUUGGAGAAGGAACAGCCAAGGUCUCAUGGCGAUGAAUGCGAUGCCUAA